AUGAAAGCCGUGUACGGUGGAGAUGCUUUCCCCCCCAGCCGCUCCCGAACCUGCAGAAACGUCUGCCUGGCGGCGACAGCUGUUGUGUUGGUCGCAACCAUCGUACUCGUGAUCCUCUGCCUGACGGUGUUCAAAGCCAAGGAUCCCACCACGACGGUCAACUCCGUCGUCUUGAAAGACCUCGACUUGGCACUCAACAUUCCACGUCUCAGCGUGGACGUGAACCUGACUCUGGGCGUGGACCUAUCCGUGAAUAACCCGAAUAAAGUCGGGUUCAAGUACAAAAACAGCACUGCGUUUUUGAACUACAGAGGGACCAACGUGGGCGAGGCCCAAAUCGGGUCGGGCAAGAUAUUCGCGGACCGGACCAAAUCCAUGAACGUGACACUGACAAUAAUGGCGGAUCGGCUGCUGGGGAAGUCGGAGCUCUUUUCGGACGUGGUGGCCGGAACGCUGCCGUUGAACACUUUGACCAAAGUCUCCGGAGAAGCCAGCGUUUUGGGGAUUUUUAAGAUUCAUGUCGUUUCGACCUCCUCCUGCGACUUCAGUGUCGAUGUCGGUAACAUCACUGUCGGACAGCAACACUGCACAUACAAGAUAAAACUAUGA